AAUCGUCAGAGUCCAGCAACGACACUGAAUGCGAGCACAGUAACGAAGCAUCUGUCAAACUUAUCCCUCGAGUCCAGUAAAAAAACAGCAGCAAGUCCGGAAUUUGUACCGGGACGGGGGCUGACUGGAAGUAAUAGCAGUUCGCCAAACUUAUUUGGUAAUUCUUAUCAUUCCCAGGAGAAUGUUGGAGGCACAACGUAUUUUUAUGUGGGUAAUGCCACUGGGGAUCAAACUGCCAAUGAGGAAGGAAAUGAAGUUAUUGGCCCAGGGCAGGUAGGUUACGUGUAUCCAGGCACACCGAGCCACUUGCAAACGGUGAAACCAACAAAAGUAACCCCAUCAAACAGCUCAUCAGCCCCGUCCACCCCGCCGCCCCAGGCAAAUCCAAGCUUCUUCGUCAGUGCUAAUCUGCGUAUGGACAUACUCCACAAAAAUACCCUGACACUUACGCAAUCUGAUCCGUCGCAAUUCCCUGAUUUACCAACUGAAGUUGAUAAUUAUCACGAAUUGUGCCCACUGGAGGCUAUACACAAACCAGCAUCGACUGUUCUUGGGUAUCAGACGUCGACGUACAAAGCAACAAGUCUGAAAAAUGGAGUUCGUUACUGUUUACGUCGAGUUCAUGACUUUCGACUGGGCAAUACGAAGUGUAUGGUACUUGUCGACAUGUGGAAGCGCAUAUCGCAUACAAAUUUGGUCCAAUUACUGGAGGUCUUCACGACCAAAGCCUUCGGUGAUCAUUCCAUGGUAUUCGUUUAUGAUUACCAUCCUGGGGCUGAGACCCUCCUGAGCAAACACUUCUCAGCCUCUGAACUCAACGGGUACGCGGAUCCCUUCAUGUCUGAUCCCAGUGCACCACGUCCAUACAGUCACACUAAGAAUACAAUACUCAGACAACAGCAUAAUAGUAUGUUACCAGAGAGUGUUAUUUGGAGUUAUAUUAUUCAACUUACUGCUGCAUUACGAGUUAUCCAUGCUGGUGGUGUGGCGUACCGCUGCUUAGAUCCAACGAAGGUCCUCUUAACAUCACGGAGUCGUUUACGUCUUAGUUGCGCGGCUGUACCUGACGUUGUGACAUUCGAUGGAAAUGCAGCUAAUCCAUUGUCACUUAUUCUACAUUAUCAGCAAGAGGAUUUAAUUGCCCUCGGUAAAUUGGUACUAGCACUGGCCUGUCGCAGUCUACUUGCCGUCCAUCGCGACAACAUACAAGCAUCGUUAGAACUCGUCGCACGUACCUACUCAACUGAUCUCCGUAACUUUAUUCUGUACUUGCUCUCUGACCAAGCAAGAAAAAGCGUGACAGACCUGAUGCCAAUGAUUGGUGCACGUUUUUACACGCAACUCGAUGCUGUGCAAUUAAGAUCUGAUGUUCUCGAAAACGAACUUUCGAAGGAGCUUGAGAACGGUAGACUCCUCAGGUUACUCGUUAAACUUGCAACAGUGAACGAGAGACCUGAGCACAAUAUGGACGUCACCUGGGCUGAAACUGGUGAUCGGUAUAUGCUCAAACUAUUUAGGGAUUACGUUUUUCAUCAGGUCACUGCUGAUGAUAAGCCAUGGCUGGACAUGGCUCAUGUUGUAUCGUGUCUCAAUAAGCUUGACUGUGGUUCACCCGAUAAGAUUUGUCUUAUGUCAAGGGACGAGCAAAGUGUAUUAGUGGUGAGUUACGCGGAAUUGAGACAAUGUAUGGAGAAUUCCUUCGGUGAGCUCGUGCAAUCAUCGAAGGAGGCCGCUUAAAUGAAUUAAAUUUAAAAGAAAGAAAUCAUCACAAAUCACCACAGGAAAAAAAACUAAGCGGGUUGAAAUGUAAUUCAACAAUGUGAUAUGAACAUUUAGCGGUACUAUUUCAUUAAAAGUUUAUCAGUCUACGAGUCUUGAAGGUGCAAAUUAACACGAAUUCCAAUAACUCAUGAAGGUGAUUGAACCUUCGUUUCCUCGUGUCAAGUGAUUUUUGCCAAGGAGUCUGAACAUUUCUCAUUAUUAUUUUUUUUCAUUGUGUAUAAUAAUUGUACCAUGGCGCGUAAUUAUUAUGAUUAAAAAUCAUGUUGAGUCAUUCAAUUUUUAAGGUAAACCUUUAAUGUGAAAUUAAUUGUUGUACAUGACGCGCUGAUGAACUAAAAUUCAGAAAAAAAUGGGAAACCAUUUUUGGGAAACCUACACAGUCAGUGUUAGGAUUAAGGAAUAAGUACGAUGAAUACACACAACUGAAAACUGAAAUCAGCUCGUAAGACAUUCAUUUUGAAAUAAAUGUUUAUUUUUGAAGGCAAA